UCACGACUCACAACCUAUAAGAGUCUAGUUCUAUGUUGGGUCUUGGCUGUGUAGAAAUUAUAGAUUAUUGUUUUGUUUGGUAUUUUAUCUCUGCAAAAGAUGUGGAUUUUUGGCUGGAAAGGGCCAUCUGGGUUCUCAGCCCGUUCAACAGCAGAGGAAGUUACCCAAGGAAUUGAUGGAACUGCUCUCACUGCCAUUGUUACAGGAUCAUCAAGUGGCAUUGGUGUGGAGACGACGCGUGUUCUCGCGUUGCGUGGUGUCCAUGUCAUUAUGGCUGUAAGGAAUAUGGAUGCUGGUAGGAACGUCAAAGAACAAAUUCUUAAGGAAAUCCCCAAUGCCAAAAUUGAUGUCAUGCAAUUAGAUCUUUGCUCAAUGGGAUCGGUGAGGAAAUUUGCAUCAGAUUAUAAUGAAUCGGGUCGUCCACUGAAUCUCCUCAUUAACAAUGCAGGGGUGAUGGCGAGUCCAUUCAUGCUUUCCCAAGACAACAUCGAACUGCAAUUUGCAACUAAUCAUUUAGGUCAUUUUCUUUUGACAAACCUUCUAUUGGAGACCAUGAAAAAAACUGCUCGUGAAAGCAACAAAGAGGGGAGAAUUGUUAUUGUAGCAUCUGAGGGUCACCGAUUUGUGUAUCGUGAAGGGAUUCGUUUUGAUAAGAUCAAUGAUGAAUCAGGAUACAGCAUGUUGUUUGCUUAUGGGCAAUCAAAGCUUGCGAACAUAUUGCAUGCUAAUGAGCUUGCGAGGCGCAUGAAGGAAGAAGGCGUGGAGAUAACUGUUAAUUCCCUUCAUCCGGGUGCAAUUAUUACAAAUCUUCUGCGUCACCACAGUUUCAUUAAUGUUAUUGCUAGUACACUCGGUAAAUAUGUGCUUAAAAAUGUUCAUCAGGGAGCAGCAACUCAAUGCUAUGUGGCAUUGCAUCCACAAGUUAAAGGAGUAAGUGGUGAAUAUUUCAUGGACAGUAAUAAAGCGAAAGCCAGCUCUCAGGCUACGGAUGCAGAAUUGGCAAAGAAAUUAUGGGAGUUCAGCUUGAGCUUGACUAGCCAAAACUAGCUGGGAUUUAAGGCGUUCGUCCUUUUAGGAACCGAUGAAACUCUUCAUGUACACUUGGAAGUACUUUACGCUUUUAAUGAUAUUUCGAGUAAAACUAGAUUGUAUAAAUAGUAUAUCAGUCGAACAAGAAGUUACAGUCGUACAAUGUUUGUGCUCGUAAAACAGUUUGAAUAGAAGGUAGGCAGACUGCCUUACGUUUUUAAUGAUAUUUCGAAUAAAACUAGAAUGUAUAGAUAGUA